AUGGCUUGUGAGACUAAAACAUUGUUGAUUUUUUCUCUUAUUUUCUUGGCUGCAUGCUAUAUGCAACAAUGUGUGUAUGGACAAUCCCAAGUGCCUUGUCUUUUUAUUUUUGGUGACUCUUUAUCUGAUAGUGGAAACAACAAUAAUCUUGUUACACUUUCGGAAGUUAAUUACAAACCAUAUGGCAUCGACUUUCCAACAGGACCAACAGGAAGGUUUUCUAAUGGACUAACAUCAAUUGACAUACUUGGUAACAUUCUCAAAUCUCUUUUUUUUACUCAACUUUUGGGAUUUAAGGAUUUCAUUCCCCCCUUUGCAAAUACUACGGGCUCAAAUAUAUUGAAAGGUGUUAACUAUGCAUCUGGAUCGGCAGGAAUUCGCAACGAGACGGGCAAACAUUUGGGUGCUAAUGUGGACUUGGAAUUACAGUUACAAAAUCACAAAACCAUAGUUUCCAAAAUUGCAAUUAUGCUUGGUGGUGUUCAACAAGCUUCACAACAUUUAAACGAGUGCUUGUAUUAUGUGAAUAUAGGCAGCAAUGAUUAUAUAAACAAUUAUUUUCUUCCUCUGUUCUAUUACACUAAUCGCACCUAUAACCCUAAUCAGUAUGCUCAAGUUCUUAUCGACCGAUUAUCUCGAUCUAUAAAGAAUUUACAUAAUGCUGGUGCAAGAAAAAUGGUGCUAGUUGGUAUAGGAGCAAUAGGUUGCACUCCAAAUGCCAUAGCUACUCAUGGAUCAUGUGUUGAAGAGAAGAAUGCUGCAGCAUUAAUUUUUAGUAGCAAACUUAAAUGUCUAGUGGAUAGACUCAAUAAGAAAUUCACUGGUUCUAAAUUCAUCUUUAGAAACAGUACAUCAGACUUUUAUUCUAGUUUAAACCGUUUUAAAGUUUCGAAUGCUGCUUGCUGUCGAUUGAUAUUCAAUUCGAUGUGUGCUCCUAAUGAAACUCCGUGUGAGAAUAGAGAUGAGUAUGUGUUUUGGGAUGGAUUUCAUCCGACUUCGGCUGCGAAUGAACUUAUGGCAUUGCGUUCAUACAAUUCUUCAAAUCCACAAUUCAUAUACCCAAUGAAUGUUCAACAACUUAUUCAGUCAUGA